CUGACGGCCGGAAUUCUACAAGUCUAUAGUGUCAGUAGUAUAACGUGUGAAUGUUUUUCUCGCCAGUAGAGUGGUACCCGCACCUUUAGGUGAAAUUUAAAAAACACAACAAUGCCAGUCGAUCCUUUAGCGAGAUAUCAGGGCGAUGCCAGAUUAAAUUACAAGCCCACAGAAGAAGAAAGAUUGAAAUUAGCGAGUCUAGAAAUACGUCUGAGGCAUCAACCGUUACCACAACAUUGUGUUGAAAAAACAGCCGGUACUCGAACAUUAAAGCCGUUCGAAAAGGAACAGUUCGAGCAAUAUGUAAAAAUCAGAAAUGGUCCCUGGAGUGAAGAUGAAGAUCUGGAAAUUAAGAGAAAUUGGAGAGAUUUUUGUACGGACCAUGAUUGGGAUCCCAAAAAUCCAAAACCAUUUUUGCAAAUGAAAUACAAGAAUAAAGAAUUUUACAUGAGUCUGCGAAACCGGAAAAUGUUCAUGAGAUUUUUAGCUAAUGGCUUAGAUGAUCGAACACUGUACAGUGUUUUUCAGAGAUUCAAAGUUCUGUAUGACAAGCACAAAAUAUCAAAGUACUCUGAGUUCGAAGAUCAGACUAUACUUGAUUAUAUGAAAGAUUACAAAGUGGAGCCAGAAGGGAGAAACAGAGUGUUCGCAGAUUUAGCCAUUAUACUAAAAAGAACGAGAGCAUCCGUGUGGCGCAGAUAUCGUGCUCUAUGUAAAGCAAGUGAAAACGAACAACAAGCAAACAAUUAGCACUUGAAGUAGUUAAUCAAAUAGGUAAAUUUUUACUUAAUAGAUAAGUAAAUUUUAGCUCACAUAAUAGUAAUAGAAAGGUUAAAUAUCAUUGUAUAAAUUUAUGAUGAAUUCUAUUUUCUAAGAGAAUGUAAAUAAAAGUCAAAUUUUAUAAAUUAA